GAAAACUAAGCGAAAUUAAUAUUUUGAAUUAUUUGAUUAAAUGGAGAAUGGCUCAAAUUCCUACUACUAUUCAAGAAAAGGAUAUAAAUACCUGGGAAAACGAUGACUAUAUUACAUUCAAAAAUGCAAUUAAUGAAUUUAUUCCUUUAAUUCGAUGGUUCCAGAUUUCAAAAAUAGAAUUUAAACAAAAUAGAAAAUUUCUUCGAAACGUAUUACCAGAUGAUUUGUUUAACAGCAUUUUAAUCUAUUACUUGGAUCCUAGUUCUCUACCAGCGAAUACUAGAAUCUUGGAACCAAGAUAUGCUUCAAAUUAUGUAUCAUCUGAACCAACGACCAGAUGUGAACCAUUUUUUAGUUCAUAUGAGGAUCUUGUCAAUAUUAAUGGAAGGCUGUUUCGAACUAAUGACCAAUUUGAUGUAAUCAUUUGCGUUAGCAAUGAUAUUGGUUUCAAAGAUUUUUAUGCUCAUUCAUUAAUUUUAUGUGCAC